ACGCUUCCCAUGAAAGGUCCUGCAAUUAAUCCUAUAAGCAUUUCUCUUCGUUUUCAAUUUAGUGAACAAUAUUACAGCUAUUAUGGAUUAAAUCAUUUACUUUCAAACUCUAAACCUCAGAAAAGGACAUAUUUAACCAUCUUUAUCGAAAACGGAAGGCGAUGGGAUUUCAAGCAAAGCGGUGCGGAGUGCAGUUCAAUCCUCCUUCUAUAGUUCUGGUUUAUAUCCACACCGACACCAAUAAGAUACGCAAAAGAAUCAUACCCAUACGAAAUUUCUUCAAACAUUCUGACUGCAGCACGGCUGCUGAAAGAUUGAAAAACCACCCAAGGCACAGGGGCUAUCUGGAUCAAGUGCCCCUACACCAGCUGGAGAAACUCCACAUCGUCCUGCGCGACCACAUGCAGGGCCUGAGUCUGGAGAACAGCCUCGCUUCGUUCCAGCUGGACCCCGACGAGGAUCUGAACAAACUGGAGGACGAGGAACUGGCCCGCAAAAAGGGACAGAUGGACACACUGUUCGAGAGGAACCGCAAGCGGAAAGAUGACCCGGACUUUGUGUACGACCUGGAGGUGGAGUUUGACAAAUCCAAGGAAGAGAAGUGCAGCUGGGAUGAAGAAUCAGAUGAGGACAUUUGAAACUCUGACCGCGUUAACACCUAGUAGAAAUAAAGCCAUCUUUCUCCUGGACACAGGACUGGCCCAAGAGGAGGAGGGCUCGAGUGGAAUUUAAUUUGGGUCCCACUUCCAGUUAUGUCCGCUGCAAUUAGUGGAGAUAAACAACAAACACUCUGGCAGACAUUUCAGCAUAAGCUCAGAUACGAUUGAUAAUAUCAAACUAAACAGCCCUGUGUUUUAGAAAACAUACGUGUCAAGCUACAACAAAACAACGUAGGAUUAAUAAUUGAAAUUUAUUUGUUAUAAAAUACAAGACUUUUACAAAAUA